GAGCGAGGCAGCUGGUAGCAAAGUCCUCGCAGCGAGUGGCGUUUCCGCUCUCACCUAAAAUAAAGAGCUCGACGAGGAGGAAGGAGAAGGCGAGGACGGAGAACAACAGACGCGGCGCUGACAGAGCCCGACCACGGACGCGUUAUAUAUAUUUUGUCCCCUUGAGUAAUUCUCGUUUGGGUGUGUCUCCUUUUAUACCACCUUUAAUGCCUCGAAUGUGAACGGGAGAGAGGAGAGAGGAUCGCUCCUAACCCUUACGUUGGUUAAGCCGUAGAGGACUCGCUGGUCGCCGGAGGAAAAGAUGUGCGAUGGAAUGGUAGCGUUUCAGACGAGAACCCUGUCCUCUUCCUCCUCUUCUUCCUCCACCUCCUCUCGAGCCCACAGGCUGGCUGCCUCCGCGCUUCUCCUCCUCUUCACCCUGCUCCCUCAUGGUCACGCAUCAGGUUGUGCACGGCCACCCGGCGUGCAGCAUGGAGACCUGCUGAAUCAGACGGAGGCGAACCGGGGAUCCUUUCCCCCGGGCACCCAGUUGACUUAUGGCUGCGAGCCAGGUUACACCGCAGAUGGACCCACCACCAUCAUUUGUACCAGUUCUGGAGCCUGGUCCUAUCAACCACCACUGUGUGUCAGGAGCAAUGUGUGUUCACCCCCUCCUGAACCAGAGAACGGGGGCUACCGCUGUCACCCCUCUCCCUGCCACCACCUCACCCAGAAGACCGUCAUCGAGUACUUCUGCGACGAAGGCUACGCUCUGAAAGGAGACUACAAGUUCCUCACCUGCCAGAACGGCGAGUGGGACGGUCUCAUGCAGAUUAGCUGCCGGCUAACACAAGUCAAAGAGCCAAGCUCUCCGCUGGGUAUCCCGGCUCUGUCGAUUGUGGCGUCCACAGCCAGCUCUGUGGCUCUCAUCCUGCUUUUAGUGGUGCUGUUUGUUCUUGUACAACCAAAACUCAAGUCUUUCCAUCACAGCAGGAGGGAGCAGGGCGUCUCGGGCCAGGGAGGCUCCAUCAUGGUGGAGGGCGUCCAGGUGAGCCUUCCCUCGUAUGAAGAGGCUGUGUACGGAAGCGGAGGACCAUGCGACGCCUCCGGUCCUCCUCCUUCUCCACCACCUCCUCUGGCUCCUCCAGAGUCACGAGUCCCAAUUGUGCUCUCUGAGGGGCUUCCUCAGGGCGCCACCGGAGGCCAAGGCUCCAGCAGAACCCGCCACCACAGAGACUUAGACUUCUGUCUCCCAUCCACCUCUUCCUCAUCAUCCUACUCUUCCCGCCGUCAUGCAGAGACAGUGCUGGUUCACCAGGCCCCCUCUUCUUCUUCCUCCUCCUCUUCCUCUUCUUCAUCAUCAUGGGCUAGAGAUCGCCCCAGGGGUGCGUGCGCAGGCCCUCUACCUCUUCGUAGAGACUCUGAGAGCAGCGACCAGAACAGUCUGCUUUCUGUCACCUCUGUGGAUGAAUUUUCUGAUGAUAUUCCCCUGCUGAAGGAAGCAUGAAGCCUGCCAAGCUGCUAUGAGCAUCAGCUGCAGAGCCCCUCUUUCUCUAUCUCUCACUGCUGACCAGGACUGACUGUGGCUGACAAACCUACCUUUUUUCCCCCGCCUCCUCCGACUUCCCUCAGCAGCACACAGGACAAAAAAAAAAAAGAAAAAAAGAAAAAGACUAGAACUAUGUCCAUUCCCCAUGCAGAGCAAAGCCAACAACCAAUCAUCACUGGUACCACAAGCAGUGUUGGAGCACCACUGGAUGCAGCUCCUGGAUACAACUAAAGACAAUUCAAAGACAAACGCAGGGGUGCCAGCUCAGCAUAAACCCUGUAGAUCCUAUGUAUAUGAGUAAAUCAUGCAUACUGAGUCAAGGUUGUGUACUAUAGGCUAUGAGUUACAAAUACUUGCGCGCCCCGCCCCAAAAGGAUAGUUCUCUAUAUCAACAUUGCUCGCAAGCGAGACACGUCGGCUCUGUGUGGGAUUACUGCCGUUAUUUUAAAAAAAGAAGUAAAUAAUUUGAGGUUUGCUCCUGAUGCCAUGGCACUCAGAAUCCGAACGGUCUUCCCGCUGUACUUGAAGAAGUUGUGAGUGACGAGCCGGGGUUUUUUUUUCCGGCCCAUCUUUGCGAAUGCUGCAUGUUGUUUUUAGUUCUCGCUGUCACGGCGCUGUCAGAGUGAAGCAUGAAGCCUCCUGUCUCUCUGUAGCUAUCUGUGUAUCUGGUUGGCUUCUAGCAUAUGGAUCAGUGGGAUUCUUUUUCCCGUUGCCAGAUGCACUCGGGUAUCUGGGGAGGCGCUGCUUCUGUCGCAUGAGUGGAAUCGAUUGGUGUUGUGUGGUUUCCGGGGACUGUGCUACACGUCUCGUAUCGGGGGAGGGAGACGCGUGUCACACUCGGUCUGAAAGCUGAGAAAAAGUGGGGACUGGCACAUGAUGAAACUUCAAGUUUGUUUGUGUUUCAUCCCCCCCCCCCCCCCCCCCCCCGUAUUUAUUGAUUCUCUGAGUUUCUGUGUGUGUGUGUGUGUGUGUGUGUGUGUGUGUGUCAGCUAGACAGGAGAGGACAUGUCCACAUGUGGUAGUCCUUGAUGCUGCCAUUUCCUGAUUUGCCUCUCUUCAGAUCCGAGGCUGACACCGUCUUUCACCAUAGGAAGAUGUCCCCUCCCAGUGUUGAAUUAGUCACAUGAACAAACCGGCGUCACUUCAGUCAACUUGUCAAGUACACAAUGCGUGUAUUAUUCAUGUACUCGCAAGCUGCAAUAUUUAGCAUUUUUCUGCUGAAUGGCUGGGAGUCUCCUUAGACGACACUGGCUCUCGUCCAUGUCCAUACCGAACUGAAGACUCUCCCAGUUUUGUGCAUUAUCGACUCAACUGCAACUGGUUGCAGUGGAAUAUAGUGAGGUUUUGUUAUAUAUCACCCUUCCCCCCCGCCUCACACACUCACUCACUUCCCCCCCCCCCUUUAAUGCCAAGAGCAUAUUUUAAGAGAAAUGUGUUAUUUUAUAAGAAGUCGCCCCUCUGUUUUUUCAUUGCCACUUGAAUAGCAUUUGGUGGUUGAGCUGGUCACCGUGGAAACGACAUGACUCAGAUGGAUCCCGAGAAUCACUUUACGAGCUUAACUGCUUUAAAAAAAAACACACACAAACAACAACUUGUCUGAAUUUGUUUUUUUUUGUUGUUUUUCCAUUCUGCAUUUGUGGCCUUCUCUCAUCGUCAGUGGCUACGUUAUUAAUGCAAACAGAAUGUUGCCUUAGACUUGUACAUUUCCCCACUUUUUUUUAAUGUAUAAUCUCAAGCCUCCACAUUGGUUGCUUUACAGUUCUGUUCUCUCAAUGGCCUUACUCUAUUCUUUUCUAUUCUAUGCAUAAAACUGUCUUUGUGUAUUCAUCACUGAGUUUACUUAACUGACUCUUGUGGACACGACUGAACUGGUGUCCACUGGAUUCUCUGUCCUCCCCUAUCAUUUCCAACAACUGAUGAUAAUGAUGAUGAUGAUGAUCCUAUAAGUAUAUUUCGCUAUUCAGUUGCUUCUUUUUUUUUGCUAUCAGGCAUUAAAAUACGAUGGGAUUGAAAAGAAAAAUAAGGCAAAACAAAUUAACUUUUUGUUCAGAAGCACUGUUGUACGGUGUUGCUUCCCAGAAAAUAACAGAAAAAAAACACAUAAUUUCAACACUUUCAACAGCUUUGGGUUUUUUUUCCUAUGUACAUGGCAGUGGGUGUGAAGAUAGUAAUUUAAUAUUUGUAUAAAGUUUAAUUUAAUAUUACAGUGUGUAUAUAACUUUCUAAUUAAAGCUUUCUUUUGAAUGUGGAA